CCCGCCCCCGCACCACUGGGAAAGGAAGUGUGUACGUGGCUUGCGGAAAUAGGAUAGGCGGAAAUGAGCUAAGGUUCCCGCGAGUGGGAAGAGCGAGGUCAAAGCGAGGGCCACGCCCCCGAGCCUGUUGCGCAACUCUCGGAACAGGAGAGAAAAAAAGGAAUAAUGAAGGUUUUGAUGUUUGUGUGUGAGGGUGGUGAGUGCCACAGGCGGAUGGCGUGAGAACCUGGGUGUAGGUGCACGGGCACGCUCGCGUGGCCGUGGACUGUGGGUGUGGGCGCCCACCAGCCCUCGUGGCGCCGGAGGUGGUGGGUGUGCGCAGGCGUGCACUCCCUGCGGUGGCGGGAGGGGCCCGAUUGUGUGUUGUAGAUGAGAUGCUUUAUAUUGGUGGAUUGCUGCUUUUUUAUGUUGGCAAACUGCAUUAAUGAAAAGGAAGAUAAUUAAGGCUAAGUACUAGUAACAGAGGUAAAGGGCUUUUGUUAGAAAAGGCCUGCGAUUUAAUUUGUUAUUUACUCCCCUCCCCCCCUUUUUUUCUUUGAGACCCGGUCUCACUACGGGUCUUGGCUGGCCUGGAACAAGUAGAGACCCACCCACCAGUCUCUUUUUCUUCCUCUCGAGUACCUGGGAUAAAGGCAUGCGGCAUUCCACUCAGUCUGAUUUAAUUUUAGACCAUAUAAAUGCCCUUUAUUCCCAGAUACAAAACUAAAUUAGCUACUUAAAAGGGCGCGUCUUUAAAAUUUUCAAGUAUACUCCCCUCCUCGCCAUCACCCAGACCUCCCCUUUGCAGCUCACGCAUUUUACUGCAUAAUUGGCAGAAAUAAUUUGUAACGAGAACAUAUGGAAUUAAAUUCCCCUCUGAUAGAGACACCUCACAAUUUUUGCGGGCUCUAAGCUUCACCUACCUUUUGUCCUAGUCUCCAAGCGUAGUGAUCCUCAGGCAAAUAGGCUUUCCGUCAGUUUUCCAGAAAGUUCACUGGGUGAGGUUUAUAUCUCUUGAAUCUGCCGCUAGAUGUCACCAAAUUCCAGCAAAGGAUUUGCUGUUUGGUUCCCGGGGAUUGUGAGAUUUAUUUCUUUUUGCCCCACCCACUUCUUAUUUGAUGAACUCAAUAACCUCUGGUUGUUUCAUAUAUAUCAUAAAUCCCCAAAGAAGAAUGAAAUCAAGUUUUGUAAAGUAACAACACUAGGCAGGGAAUUAUAUAUCCAGAUAUUUUUCUUAUUUUCUUUCCUUACAAAGAAAAAAAGUCAUCUGUUCUUCCAGAUUUUCUUUCUCCCUUAUAUAUAUUUUUUGAACUCAAGAGUUGAUAGGAGCCUAAACACGGAUGCUAAAGUUCUCUGUGGGCUUUGGUGGUGCAUCUGUACUAACAGCUCUCAGGAGGCAGAAGGACCCCAAGUUGAAAACCAGUUUAGAUUAUAUGUUGAGAACCUGUCUCUACAUUAAAAAAAAAAACCUAAUGAAAGAAUAUCCUUUUGGGGUUUUGCCCACUUUAUUUUUAAAUACUGACUGUUCCUCCCAAUGUUAAUUGCAGACGACUAUAGUCAGUCUGUAAAGAUAACCUGGAGGUAAAGUUAGACUUCAGUAUUGAAAAUUAUCGUCCUUUCCUCUUGAAAUUUUUAGCAAAUAUGCGUGUUUGCUCCCUGAUUUUAUGCGAUAUUUCCGUGUUGCUAACAAUAAGGUGUAUAUAUCUACAUAUGGGUAUGUGACAUGAGUUCCGAGAUCAGAGGCUUUGGAUCCCCUGGAGCUGGAAUUGCAGACUGUUCUGAGACACCUGGCAUGCAUGACGGGAACCUAACUCGGGUCUUCCAGAAGAGCAGUGAGUGGACCUCCUUUCUGAGCCCUCUCUCCAGCCACAAUGGUGAAAGGUUUUUUACAGCAGCCUGCAGCUAUAUUUCCCAGGCCUACCGGAAGCAUCAGUAUCACCUGGUACCAAGAGCUAUGCAGGCUACCAAGUUAUAUAAAAUGCAUCUCUUGCCUUCAACCAUUGAACUCAUGAGUGGAACCUUGCUUUCUAAUCCCUUGGGUGCUCCUGAACUAGAUUGAAAGCUCCUUUUUCCUUGGCCUGUGAAUUUGGAGAGAGCAAAAGGACCUACUAGUAGAUUAAAGGAAAGAAGAGGCUAAACCACCGGCAAUUCUACAAGGCAGAACAAGCUGGAAGGAAGGUGGAGAUCACUUCAACAAACACAUUGUACUAGACCAAUGCAUCCCUAUGACACAGAGCAACACACCAACCCACUCUAGGCUGACCUUUCUUGUAGCCUUAUCUGAAUCCUAUGGACGAAGAAAGGGAAGGACAAAAGGGAACAUUGAAGCCUACGUGAUCCAGAACAAGGUUUCAUGGUGCCAUUAUUCACUUGCCAAGAGGAGGUGAAGUUAGAAAUUCCUAGAAAUUAAGAGACUUCAGAGAAAAAGAAGAAACAAAUGAUGUUUUCACCUACCAACUCAGGUUUGCCCAGAACUGAGGAGGCCCCAGAGACUGGUAGUCUCUCAUCACUAACACUGGAGAAGUUCAAGGGGAGGUUUGCUGGGUCCAUUAUACAGAUAAAGAACCAGAGGCAAACAGAGUAUCUCAGAAGGAAUUGAAAAGUGAGAGUGAUUGUGAGAUUCCACCGUUCACUCAAGAUAUGAGAAGAGUAUGCAGAUUCUACCAUGCACAGGGCGGGGCACAGAAGAAGGGAGAUGCAUUUUUCAGGAGGAAGCUAUAUCCAUUUACAAAUGUGGACAUCAAUUCCAUUAAGAAAACAAAACAAGUGGCGGUGUAUAUGGGAACAGAGCAGUUACCCACAGACGACAGAAGAAUGUGUUGAUUCUCUACAGUAGAGUUACAGGAAGUUGGGAGCCAUCUGAUCUAAGUGCUGAGGAUUGAACUUGAGUCCUCUGGAAGAACAGUUUGCACUCUUAAUCACCAAGACAUCUUUCCAGCCCCUGGCAAGGCCAUUCAUUGAAGGUGUACCCAGUUUUCACAAUGAAAAACCUGCAUCCUGGGAAAUGGUUUUCUUGCUGGAAAAUCGGGGGCUGGUGAUGGCGUUCUGUUUCCUUGCUGGAAAAUCGGCGGCUGAUGAUGGCAUUCAGCUUAGAGGAGGUGGAGUCUUCAGGAAACAACCAGUGAAUGGUGAAACUGGCCAGUGGGUCCUGAGGUCCCCAAAGCUGGCCGCCCACUACGACCAUGAAGGCUGCUGGUGCCCUCUGGAGGAAUUUUUGUGCAUUGCAGAAGCCCAGCUGGAAUGGAGAACAUUUUGUUUCCCGUACUUAGGAGACUCCGUAAAAGCAGAACCGCAGGAAUAGGAGGAGAGGACAAAGAUACUCAGAGAGAAAAAGUAAAGGACAGAAGAAGGAGACUGGAGAGACCAGGAUCCUUCCAGCUGAACAAAGUCAGCCGCAAAGCAGACUAGCCAGCAGGCUACAAUUGGAGUCAGAGUGCCAAAGACAUGGGCUUGUUAGAGUGCUGUGCAAGAUGUCUGGUGGGGGCCCCCUUUGCUUCCCUGGUGGCCACUGGAUUGUGUUUCUUUGGAGUGGCACUGUUCUGUGGAUGUGGACAUGAAGCUCUCACUGGUACAGAGAAGCUAAUUGAGACCUAUUUCUCCAAAAACUACCAGGACUAUGAGUAUCUCAUUAAUGUGAUUCAUGCUUUCCAGUAUGUCAUCUAUGGAACUGCCUCUUUCUUCUUCCUUUAUGGGGCCCUCCUGCUGGCUGAGGGCUUCUACACCACCGGCGCAGUCAGGCAGAUCUUUGGCGACUACAAGACCACCAUCUGCGGCAAGGGCCUGAGCGCAACGUUUGUGGGCAUCACCUAUGCCCUGACUGUUGUGUGGCUCCUGGUGUUUGCCUGCUCUGCUGUGCCUGUGUACAUUUACUUCAACACCUGGACCACCUGCCAGUCUAUUGCCUUCCCUAGCAAGACCUCUGCCAGUAUAGGCACUCUCUGCGCUGAUGCCAGAAUGUACGGUGUUCUCCCAUGGAAUGCUUUCCCUGGCAAGGUUUGUGGCUCCAACCUUCUGUCCAUCUGCAAAACAGCUGAGUUCCAAAUGACCUUCCACCUGUUUAUUGCUGCAUUUGUGGGUGCUGCAGCCACACUAGUUUCCCUGCUCACCUUCAUGAUUGCUGCCACUUACAACUUCGCCGUCCUUAAACUCAUGGGCCGAGGCACCAAGUUCUGAGCUCCUGUAGAAACUCCCCUGUCUAAUAGCGAGGCUCUAACCACACAGCCUACAAGUGUUGUGUCUCCUGUCUUAACUCUGCCUUUGUCACUGAUUGGCCCUCUUCUUACUUGAUGAGUAUAACAAGAAAGGAGAGUCUUGCAGUGAUUAAUCUCUCUCUGGACUCUCCCUUUUAUGUACCUCUUUUAGUCAUUUUGCUCCACAGCUGGUUCCUGCUAGAAGUGGAGAGUGCCUGAGAAGGUGAUUCUCCAGCUGCAAGUCACAGAGGAAUGGAAGCUCUAAUUUAAUUUGGGAGCAUCUCCUGAAGACCAGGAUGUACUUCCUUCACAAAGGGCAUUUCCAUUGAGAAAAACAAAGCAGAAAGAAAGAUUCUCAGGGAGAGAGCAGGAAUGCCCUUGAUCUCCUUGCCAUCAAUAGGAGCCAAAAUAUAUUUUCCUUGAUGCCCAAAACCAAGAACCCACUCUUAUCUUCCUAUCUCCAUUGACAACAGAAGUAAAGGAAAGAAUGCUAGCAAAGCAAUGGCACUUGCCCCAAUUUGCCUCCUGCAGCUGGGAGACAGGGGUCAAAGCAAGGAUCUUUCACCCUUAGAAAGAGAGCUCUGACCCCAAAGGCAGUGGACUAUGUAAGCCCUAACUCAGCCAACCUUACAUAGGUGUCAGGGAGCACGGUGUAGACAAAGGGGCAAAGUCUGUCCUUACACCUCAUUAGGAAGAGAAACAGGGCUGUCAGGCUCUGCUCACUCCCUUCUCCUUGAUAACAGCUACCAUGACAACCCGUGGUUUCCAAGGAGCUGAGAAUAGAAGGAAACUAGCUUUCAUGAAAUAAGACUGUGACCUAAAGAGCAGCAGUUGGUGGAGGCUAAAGGUGUGGCUUAAGAUGGCUCUCGGCUAGAUGCAAGAUAGUUAACUCUUUGGAUAGAAUAUCUUUUUUUUCUGUCAGUUAAUUGUGUCCUCUGGCCUCUGGCAUAUCUUCACAAUGGUGCUCUUUUCCUGGGGUUUUAGCUAUUCACUACAGCAAGUGAUUUGAAGAUCUUGAUUAGUCUGAGAAUGAUUUAUGUUUCACCUUUUCCAAUUCUUUAGCUCUUGUUGGGAGUUAGAUCAGAAAGAUCUGGAGAAUGAGUUUCGAUUGCAUUUCUUUUUGAAAAAAGAAACUUGGACAGUAAGCAUCACAAAAAUAUUUCAAAUUGUCUAGUCCCCAUGAAUUUAUUUGGAUUUUCUACAAGAAUUAUGGCAUUUGUAGAAAUAGGCUUGGUAAAUUUGAGUCUCAAUUUGAAUAACCUGUCCAGCAUUUUCUUUUCUAACAAAUGACGGAUGACUUUACUUGCUAAUGUUACCUUGGCAUUUUGAGAAUUAGGCUUAGCAUAGAGGUUAUUGUCUCUUGGUAUAUAUAGGUCACAUAAUAGAUUAUACUAGCUGUCAGCCGUUCAUUUGGUAAGCUUCCAUGGAGAUCUGGAGACAUGGAGAGGACAGACAGACCUUGAAACCUGAACGCCCACAUUUCAAGUAUCUGCUAUUUGUUAACUUUGGGAUUAAAAUUAAAAAAAACUCCCAUCUAUUUUCAUUGAAGGAAAGGUUAUUAUAGAUCUUUUAUUACAGACUCUGUCAUCCUUAUUCCCCACAGUGGUUUCUGCCAUGUUGAAGGACUUGAUAAGAACACAGUGAAGACUUGUUCUCGGGCCAGUAUGUAAGAUAACUAGGGUAUACAAGAGUAAGGAGAGGGGAAAGGAUCUGUGAGAAACCAAUCAAGAUCAAGGAAAGUGGAAUAAUCUCUGUCUUUUGUUUUGAUUUAAUAACAUAACCAGCUGUUCCCUACAAACCUCACAUGCGUACACACACACACACGUACAAAGAGAGUUAAUCAACUGCAAGUGUUUCCUUCAAUUCUGAUAUAGAAUUUUGAUCUUAACAACAUAAAGAAUAAACUUUUAGAAACUCAUCUUACAAAAUGUAUUUUAUAAAAUUAAAGAAAAUAAAAUUAAGAAUGUUCUCAAUCAAA